UUGGCGCCAGGUCAGGCAGCCUUGAGUUCUGCAAACUGCUGCGCUCGGAGAUUAGGCGGAUGUAACAAUCACCUGAAAGGGGAGAUUAAAGCGCCUCUCAAUGAGGUCCUUUGUCCCCGGCCUCAUUUGAUGCUUUGGGCCUUUUCAAACCACGCCGGGGACGGCGCUUUAAAUGUUUGUCCCGGCGUCCGGGGUGGCUCCAGCGAGCAGCGAGGGCCGGCAGGGCUGGGGACAUGGACAAGGGGCCCUUCUCGGUGGAGUGGCUGGCGCAGAGCAGCCGCGGCGGAGACCGGGAUCUGCCCGGUGAGUGCCGGCCGUGCCCCCCGGGUCCCCCCGAGCAGCGGCCGCGGCGCUUUCCAUCCCUCGAAGGGUCCCCCGAAGGGUUCCCCCUUCUGACGCCCCCACCUGUCCCCGCAGAGUCGCCCCGGGAGCGGGAGGCGGCGGAGCGCCCCGGGCUCGUAGCGGGGCCGGCGGGAGCCGCGCCCGGGCGGGUCCGCACCAAGUUCUCGGCCGCGCAGCUGCGGGAGCUGGAGCGCAGCUUCUGCGAGCAGCGCUACAUCGGCGCCGGCGAGAAGCGGCGCUUGGCCGCCGCGCUGAACCUCUCCCAGAGCCAGAUAAAAACCUGGUUUCAGAAUCGCCGUAUGAAGUUCAAACGCCAGACUCAAGAUGCCAGGAUCGAAGCUCUUUUCUCGGGCUUGUUUUUGCCCUGUCAUUGUUACCCAGACACGGCUGCAUCCAGCUGUCCUCAUGGGGUGGAUGUCAAUGUCCCUGCUACCUCUGCUGCUUCCCUUCACCCGGCUGUGCCAAACCCUGCCUUGUUGUUACCUUCUGUUCCAGCUCAGUCUCUUCAGCCAGUUUUGCCAAGUCCAGCUUUACUGUUGCCUCCCGGGCCAGGAUUAUCUUGUUGCUCUUCUGUGCUUCCAGCAAUGACUCUAAAUACUGAACAUAAAAGACUGAUGUUCCAACCAGAUCUUCCCUCCUGUUAAAAAUGUAAACGAUUAUCUGUAAUCUCAAAAAAGUGCCAAAUAUCUCUAAGAGUAACUAAUUAUUUUGUUAUAUUAGAUAAAGAUUCUUUGAAUUAUUUUCUUUACAUAAAAAGUUCGAUUAGAGGAGAAAAUAAUUUAUUCAUAUUAGAGAAGUUAUUCUGAGAGUGGAAGCGGAGGACAUGAAAUCUUAUUUCUAGAGUUGUCAUCAUGCUGUAUAGAAAUUUCUAUAUAAAUUUUCUUACCUAAAAGUUUUCAGAAAAUAACCUAUAAUCAUGUGGGGAUAUCCACUCAAAAAGUGGAGUACCGUAUACACUGAAAUUUAUGUAGUAACUAUGUUUUUUAAUAGGCAAUGGUGGUAAAAACGUUGUCCAUUCUACCUGAGUGGGAGUUUUUAAGAAAACAUUUGUGAGCUACAGCCAAGUGCAUUUAAAUAAAAAUGUAACCAAAGGUAAAAAUGCUAUCAACAAAACCGAACAAGUUGCCCAGUAUUCUCUUUUAUGUGUAUAUUCUGGACCAUUCUUCAAGUGGUCUCACCUGUUUUUGAUGGACAUGUUGCAUUUAUGCAU